GUACUUCUCUCUCCCGCCACUGGACGGCGCUGCGGGCGGCGACUCCCCACGACCUUCUCAACAUGGCGGAGUAUUCCUGUGUGAAGCGCACGAAGCUGGUGCUGAAAGGCGUGAAAAGUAAAAAGAAGAAAAACAAAGGAAAAAGAAAACGAGAGGAUGAGGAUGACCAAGUGGUUGAUAUUGUUGGAGGAUGGUGGGCAGUUCGGAAUUUUGGAGAAAUUACUGGAAGUGUGGCCAUAGAGAUGGGAAAUGGCACCUAUUUGCAUGCUCUGGAUAAUGGUCUUUUUACUCUUGGAGCGCCACAUAAAGAUAAUGAAACACCGGAUCCCCCAGAGCAGUUAACUGCUAUCAAGUUAUCUGAAACAAGGAUAGCACUGAAGUCUGGCUAUGGCAAGUAUAUGGGAAUAAAUUCUGAUGGAGUUGUUACUGGUCGAUCAGAUGCAAUUGGAUCAAGAGAACAGUGGGAGCCAGUGUUUCAAGAUGGAAAGCUUGCAUUGAUGGCUUCAAACAGCUGCUUCAUUUCAUGUAAUGAUGGUGACGUUAUUGCAAAGCAAAAAACUGCUGGAGACGAGGAGAUGAUAAAGAUCCGUUCCUCCGCUGAUAUUGUAAUAAAAGAAAAAGAUGAGCUUUUGGAUGAAGACAAGGGUAACGUAAAACACUGUGAGAUUAACUAUAUAAAGAAAUUUCAGAGUUUUCAAGAUCAAAAAUUGAAAGUGAACACAGAAGACAGUAAAAUACUGAAGAAAGCCAGAACGGAAGGUGCUUUCCAUGAGACUUUGCUAGACAGGAGAUCCAAGAUGAAAGCAGACCGAUAUUGCAAAUGAAGUCAGGAUAUAUUUUAAUGUCUUGUUUUUUUUUUACUGGAUAUGUGACCAUUAUGUUUGUGUUCCAAGAACAACAGUGUUGUAUAGUAAUCAGUGAUGGUGUCAUGUAAACUUGAUAUUUUUAAAUGCCUUGAAAGAUAUACAAGGAAAGUAACCUUGAGUGGCUACUGUUACAGAUUCAUCUUCUCAUAAUAAAUUGUAAAAAUAAAUAGAUUUCCGGUUCAUUGUGAUGAUUUAGUAUCUUAAUCAAAUUGUUACUUUAAUAAAAGCACAAAGUACUGGGGCAGCGGUAGAGUUGCUUCCUUACUGCGAAUGCAGCGCUGGAGACCCGGGUUCGAUCCCGAUUACAGGUGCCGUCUGUACGGAGUUUGUAUGUUCUCCCCGUGACCUACGUGGGUUUUCUUCGAGAUCUUCGGUUUCCUCCCACAUUCCAAAGACGUACAGGUUUGUAAGUUAAUUGGCUUGGUAAAUAUCCCUAGUGGGUGUAGGAAGUGUUAAUGUGCGGGGAUCGCUGGUCGGCGCGGACCCGGUGGGCCGAAGGGCCUGUUUCCAUCCUGUAUCUCUAAACUAAACUCAACAGGUUAAGCAGCAUCUGUGGGGUGGGGAAUUGGAAGAAGAUAUUUCAGGUCGGGACUCUUCUUCCGACUCCCUAUUUUCAUAAAUCAUCCAAGAAAGAGAACAAUGAAAGGGAAGUUCACAAACAGAAAUUGAGAAGCAAGGAGGGCAUCGACCUGAAACAUUAACUGUUUGUCUCUUUCCACCGAUACUGCCAUGUCCAGCAUUUUGUAUUUUGAUCUCAAAAACAGAAUCCUUUCAGAGUUUUAUAAGCAGCAUCUUUUUGUGCACAAAGUUAAUAAAACCUUCAUGGGGUCCA